AUGUUUAACGACAGGAAACUGACGCCCGGGCACGGGUUCGUGAAGGCGUACAGCAACAACUGGUUAUCACACCUCGGAUCCGUCUACAAAUACGAGUCGCCGAAGGAUGUGCUGCGCAAACCGAGCCAUCAGCAUCGCAAGAUCGCCCUGUACAGCAUCCUGGCGAUGGCGUUCGUUGCCUUCUUUACGCUCUUCAUGAUCGUACACGAAGCGGACCGCAAAAUGCGCCGUCAGGUGAUCGUAUCGAGCUUCGACAACGAAACUGCCAUCGAACCGAGUGCUGGUGGGCUGAAUACUGUGCUCACGACACCGUUUUCCUCGUCUGGAGAGGUGAAUCGUACCGUAGGCCAAGAGUCCAGGUCCAGUCAGGAAGCGAGCGAAGUGUUUGCGCCACCAAAACGAACGCGUCGACUACGAUACUACGGUGAGGACGGGGGCCGUCAACAUGUCGGCCGUGACCAGCUAGUGCUUCAUCCGGCGCGUACACUGAACCCUCCGGCACCUCAGCUCGUAUCGAGUGAAAGUGAAGCGCCGCGGGAAAUGGUUGUGGCUUCGCGUCGCUUCGAUGAACAAGCGAAACCCAUACCAUUCCACGUGAAACUACAAGGACCUGUUCCGGUUGGCUUUCAGCAGCAGCAGCAGCAGCCACAGCAACAACACCCCACGGAUCAUCACGAUUCUCGCGCGAACCGUUCGGUGGAUGGGAUCGGCUGGGGUGCACUCAACAUCCAGGACGUUAUCCGUCAGCUAACACUAGCCAAGAGGCAACAGCAACAGCAGCAGCAACUCUACUACCCCUACAAAGCAACCGCCGUCCAUCCCUCGGAGUUUAAUCAUCCCGUGUACCAGAACCAUCGCGUCAAGUUCACCGGAAUCUAUCGGCAUCCGCGUAAAAACGGGGACAUUACAACACUGUUCGGUGCCGCUUCGAAGCGCCCGCAGGAGGUUGUUCUGCAGGCACCGCAGCUCAUCAACCAGCAGCUUCAGCACUUGAUGCCUGAUCCGUUGUACAACUUUAAACCGCAGGAUCCGAGUGAUGUGAAUCUGCUAGCGACGGAACAGUUCCGAUUUGCUCCACAGGAACAGCAGCAGCAGCAGCAACCGAGGCAAGGGAUGCCAUUCUCUGUGAUGUUGAAUCUGGAACCGAUGCCCAUCGUUGGGAGGCCCGUUCAGCAGCAGCGCUACAGGAAGCGGUUCCAGAAUCAAUAUCGUAACCAACGCUACCUUGGUCAACCGUGGAACGCAGGACCAGCGGCUGAGCAAUCAUUCGCUCAGCUGUCACCGUACAGGACGCGCCCAAUACCGAACAAUCCGUACGGUGGAAGUGCCGAGUACGAUGAUCGGGAAAACUACUUUCGUCGGGCUGGCCACCAGCAGCACCGGCAGCAGCAACAGGCCAUACCGGCAUUCGCUAGCCCCAUGAUCGGUCCCGGGAGGUUGAUGAUACAUUUCAACAUUUUCCCCAAACAACAACCCGCUACAGCGCAACGCAAAUCGGAAGUGACGCUCGCUUCCGGUGAGCUAAAUACCUGGGAGGAGCGUACGCAGGAUCUUCCACCUUCGAGUGAACCAACCCACGAACCGACGGUUCCAUCGCCCUGGAUUGGUUCACUAAUCGAUGCCCGGGAACCGUCGGUGCCUUCCUCAACAACCGCACCAACGCCCACCGUUGAGGUGAUCAAAUCGAUCGAAAUUCCAACGCAAAUCAACUUCGAUCACGUACCGCUCGGACGGCAUCCACCGCCGACGUCACCGCGACCACCAACGCUCUACCAGCGCUCUAAUCCUUGGGCCGGGGAUGAAGCGAUCUGGGGGAAGCAUUAG